CCGUCCCCUCUGCAAACUGCAUCGUUCCAAAUAUAUCACUUUGCUCCCUUCGCCUUUAUUUUAUCACCUAUCGAAUAGGCAGGAUGCAAUAUGAGACGUAGAGUUGCGGUGUUUUGGGUUUUUUUAGCUCACAUUUAAAUUACUUACCUUCUCCGGGAUUAAAAAUUAUGUAAGAAUACACAAACACAUGACACAAACACAGCUGUUGUCAUAUCAGUAGUAUCCACAGGAUUGCAGCUCUGCUGAGUUGGCAUGUCUGGUAGAAACGAGGAGGAGAAGGAGAAGGAGGAGGAGGAGGCGAAUGGAGGCAGUUGUGACUCAUUCAGGUGGAGAUGACAAAGCAUUUUCUCCCCUCACAAGAAUACGAAUGGCUGCAGCAGGUGCUCUUUUUUCUCUUUUUAUUCAGUUAGAGUGCAUAAACAGCUGGGUACUCAACAUGAGGAGCACUCCAUAUCCGAUUAAAAAAAAAAAAGAUAAAAAAAAAAAGACUGAAUCAUAUUUUUGGGACUAGCUGUGUGAUUCCAGAUUACACUACAAAAUCUCACCAGACAUAUGAUGUGGGGGGAAAAAAACAAUCCUCUUUGCAUCCUGCACUGAAGCUCUGCUGGUUAUGUAACAGCGCUCACAAGCUCAGCAUCUAGAAAGGUGUGUCCACAGCAAUGUGCCAAUCAAAAUACGCUAACGGCAAGCCGGAGGAUCACCAGGAGAAAGAUGGAUGACGGGUGGAGGUGUGGCUGAGGCGCGGGAUUGCAGCAUGACUUGAAAAUGCUGCAGCAUCCGCCCCCCCCCCCCCCCCCCUCCUUCUCUCCAUCUUGUGCAUACCAGCUGCUUCUCCCCCCCUCUGUCUCUCAGUCUGCGUGCUGUAGCCCUGCUGUGCGGUCCUCUCAGCCCGUCUUGUUGUAGCACCAAAAGGGAGGAGGAGCCACCGGCGCGCACACUCAAACAGACGCUCUCACAUCAUCUCCUCUGCACGCUCACUGUAAGCACCAGCAAACCAGCCAGCCAGCCAGCCAGGCCCGUUUGGAGCAGGGGAGCCCAGCCGUCUCGUCGCCCAAGAUGGAUGUACUGAUGAAGGGGUUCUCCAUGGCCAAGGAGGGGGUGGUGGCCGCCGCCGAGAAGACCAAAGCCGGCAUGGAGGAGGCAGCAGCCAAAACCAAGGAAGGGGUGAUGUAUGUAGGCAGUAAAACAAAGGAAGGAGUUGUGUCAUCAGUAAACACAGUGGCCAGCAGGACUGUGGACCAGGCCAACAUCGUUGGAGACGCAACGGUUGCCGGGGCCAACGAAGUGUCACAGGCAACUGUGGAGGGGGUAGAGAACGUCGCCGCGUCGACCGGGCUGGUCAACCAGGGAGAAUAUGGAGGAAUGGAACAGGGUGGGGAAGGAGGAGAGGGGUAUUAGUCUUCUUCAGGAUCUUCCCUCCCAUGCUCUCCGGCGGCCCCUCGCUCCCCUUGCCUCGCUGUACCAGACUUCAGAUGUUCAACAUAUUUUUUUGUGACUUUACAGAACCAAAAUCAACUGAAACAGACUCUUCCGGAUGCCGCACCCCAGCCCCUAUCCCCCCUCUGGUUUUCUGCAGCCUGUAGCUUUUCCUCCACCGCCCGUCUUCCCUCGCCUCACCCGUGUGUUAGUGUCGUCCUGAUAUGAACCCUGGUGUUGUUACAGCUCCCCCCACCCAUGCCUACCAACAGAUAGGGAAACCUCGCACACAAACACACGUACACAUGCACACAAAAAAGAGACACACCUCGAUUUGACACAUGCAUGAGACACGCACAUACAGUACAUGUACAUGCCAGCACAGCCGCACACACUGGGCAAACCUGUUGAUUUAAGGGUGUGUAUGCAGUUAAGACUCUUCAUUCCUCAACAAUGAAUGAGUGACUGAGGCAAGGUGUGAAAGGGUGUGUGAUCUGCUGUUUGUGUUCCUGUGAGUCCAUGUUAGCUUGUAUAUGUGUGUGUGCAUGUGUAGCUGCUGGCGUGUAUAAUAAAUCUCCAGAGGCUUUAGCAGGGAAUCGUGCAUUGAGGACAGAUAUCCUUCUGUUUUUGUGUGCAGUAGUUAGGUAGUUAGCUACAGUAGACUGCAUGAACAGAUGUGUAGAAUGACUUGUCUCGUGUCGUAACUAUAGAGUAGCAGCUGUUCUGUGUAGCUUUGUAUGGCUUCGUGUCUGUUUGGCCUUUUAGAAACAGGGUUAUUAACCAGGAAGCAAUACACAACACAAAUUUAUCUCAGCUGUUAGAGCAGAAACUGUUCAUGUGAUGCAUGACAAAACAAGAGUAAGUUGUUUAGUUUCAUUUUUUUCACACUUUUGUCUGUAUUGUUAAAUAUUUGUGGCUAAAAAAGUUAAAUUGAGACAAUUAGGUUUAGUUAUUUGAGGGUACGGUCACACAUGAGCAAAAUUAACACCAGCGAGUAUUCGCCUCCUGUUAACCUUCAUUCAGUUCAAGCAGAGAGGCGAAUAAAACAUUUGCCUCCAGUGGCAGAUCAAAUUUGCAUUUUCACAGCUUUGAACUUUGACUGAUGUAGUUGCAGCCAACAGCAAAGUCAGGUAAAAUGUGACAAAUAAGGUUUUCAUAAUAAAAAGGUUUUUUUUCGUAGGCUCUUUAAAUAUCAGCAGCCAAUCACCAAACAUGUUAUUGCAUUGUUACUAAAAUCGUACUUCACAUGUAACAAUCAUUUUGCUUGAAAACUAGCAAAGCAAAGAGAAAGAAAUCACUGGACUUGUGAGGUUGAUUUUCUCUUUUUGUUAAUAAGAGUAUCGUAACUAAAACAAGAGUACA